CGUCAAAAUUCCCCUCGAUUGUUCCUUCCCAUCGUCGGAUUCUCGCUGCGUGCGUUUCGCCUCGUCGGGGGAUGGAUGCUACGCUUGAUUGCUGCACUGCACUGCACCUCGGAAAACCGGCGACCGAGAGAUGGUCCGGAGCAGGCGUACGGACAUUCGCGCCUUGCUUCGUGCUGCCAGCUGGGAAUAUAGAUUCGUCAGGGUCCGCUCGUUAAAGAAGAGCUUUGUUCCAUUGUAGUUGACGAAAAUCCGCUUCGAAAACCUUUCCUUUGGCAGCAGUGCAGACUUGUAUUGAAAACACCGGGCCUACACAUAUACAUACGAAUUCUGAUACAUACACACAUACCAAUCGCAGAUAUGGCUCCUGUCAACGUUCUCAUGGUGGGGACUGGCGAGUACACGACCGGCUGGACCGGCUCGGGGGGUUCGAAAUCAGACAAGAAGGUCGGUGUAGUGGGCCUGACAUUCUUCGACCUGCGUCGGCGGGGCAAGGUGGGAGACCUCUCGAUGGUCGGCGUCAACGGCAAGAAGUACCCCGACAUUCGCAAGCAUCUGGAGACAAACAUCAAGGGCGUCUACAAUGGCCUCGAUGUCGGUUUCAAGUCGUUCCCCGCAGACGAUAAGAUCGAUCCCGAAUCGUACAAGACGGCUAUCGAUGCGUUGAGCCCUGGAGAUGCUAUCACUAUCUUUACUCCCGACACCACACAUUUCGACAUCGCACUGUACGCCAUUGAGCGCAAGAUCCACGUCCUGAUCACCAAGCCCGCAACCAAGACGCUGACGGACCACUACGCACUCCUCGACGCGGCCGCCAAACACGGCGUGUUCGUGUACAUCGAGCACCACAAGCGCUACGAUCCCGUCUACUCGGAUGCGCGGGCCAAGGCCAAGACGCUCGGCGACUUCAACUACUUCUACUCGUACAUGUCGCAGCCCAAGUCGCAGCUCGAGACGUUCAAGGCGUGGGCCGGCAAGGACAGCGACAUCAGCUACUACCUCAACUCGCACCACGUCGACAUCAACGAGUCGAUGGUUCCCGACUGGGUGCCUACGCAAGUGACAGCCUCCGGCUCGCGCGGCUGCGCCACCGACCUCGGCUGCGUCGCCGGCACCGAAGACACCAUCACGCUGCUGACGGACUGGGCGAAGCGGGACGACCGGGCGCGGGUCGCGACGGGCGUGUACACGGCGUCGUGGACGGCGCCGCAGAAGGCCGGCGUGCACUCCAACCAGUACUUCCACUACAUGGCGUCGCAGGGCGAGAUCCGCGCGAACCAGGCGAAGCGCGGCUACGACGUUACCGACGACAAUGUCGGCGCCAUCGCUUGGUACAAUCCGUUCUACAUGCGCUACGCGCCCGACGAGGACGGAAACUUCGGCGGUCAGACCGGCUACGGCUACGUCAGCUUUGAGAAGUUUGUCGACGCCUGCAACCGUGUCAAUGCCGGCACCGCCACCGUCGAGGAUUUCGACAAGAAGGGCCUGCCGACGCUGAGGAACACAGUGAUUACUACGGCUAUCCUGCAUGCCGGCAGGGUCUCGCUCGAUGAGAAGAGGACCGUCAAGAUUGUGGAGAAGGAUGGAAGGCUGGUUCUGGAGUAGAAUACUUUUUUUUCUUCUUUUUUUUCUUCUUUUUUUCUCGAUGUAGAAUACCUAAGUAAGUAUUAUGCAAUGCAAUACUGAGAC